AUGCCGCCGAAACGACGAGUAUCAGGCGCUACGGCCAAGUCGCAACAGGCGACCCUCGCGUUCCACGGAGGCGCCAACAAAGUCACAAAGGCCGGCGCACGAGCGCAGAACGCGGAGAAGAGCCUCCUCUCCAAGAGCGCGGCGAAGGCUACCAAGCCGGAUGCAUUCAACUUGGAGACUGUCGAAGAAGCGAAGCCGACGACUGUAGAGGCUGACAUUAUCGAUCAAACCGAGAAGGAAGUCGCGGCGCAAAAGGCUGAGAGCAGUCCAGAAGACGAGACUGCGAGACGCAUGACAGAUGCUGCAAUCAAGAAAUACUGGACUACGAAGGAGAAGCAGAGACUAGCGCCGAGAGUGCACCAGGAUGACCUGAGCUUGUACGAAAAGGUGCUACGGGAGUUUGACAUGAGCGGACAGUACGGCCCCUGCACUGGUAUUGCACGACUGAAGCGCUGGAAACGGGCGUACCGUUUUGAACUCGAGCCUCCGAUGGAGGUGCUUGCUGUCCUUUUGAAGGAGCAGGAGGGCGCCAAGGAUCAGCUUGUGGUCCAGCGGUCUCACGUGGACGAGCUGUUGAACACCAGGACGGAAGUCGAAGUAUGA